UCAAGCCUGCGAGCGACAUCAUGGCGCUCUACGAUCACGGCGUGAGACAUUUUGGGGAGAACUACGUACAAGAGCUCUUGGAAAAGUCUGCUGCUUUGCCAAAAGAUAUCCAGUGGCACUUCAUCGGGUCCUUGCAGACCAACAAGUGCAAGGAUUUAGCCGGGAAGGUGCACAACUUGUUUGCAUUGGAGACACUCGACUCGCUCAAGAAGGCCAAGAAGUUGGAAGAGUUUAGAUCCGAAAACGAAUUCCCAAAAAUCAGCAUCUUCUUACAGAUCAAUACGAGCGGCGAGGAAAACAAGUCUGGUUUUGAUCCUGUCAACGGCUACGCCGAGAUCCUCGAGGUGGCACAGUACAUCCAGUCGUGUUCCAAACUUCAAUUGAGGGGCUUAAUGACCAUUGGGUCCGUCUUGCAGUCCAAAAGUGGUGAAGAAAACUUGGAUUUCAGGGCCUUGGUCGCUUUGAGUAAGAAGUUGGAGGCGGCCUUGGGGUUAGGUGAGGCGUUGGAAUUAAGCAUGGGGAUGAGCAGCGAUUUUGAGGAGGCUAUUAGACAGGGAGCCACCAAUGUCAGAGUCGGCAGCGACAUUUUCGGCUCUAGGCCCCCAAGAAAUUAGACCCGGAAAUAUGUAGAUGAAUAUGAAAUACCUCAGUGAGAUUUCCCUCUCUGGUUGUAGUUGGGC